AGUACUUUCCAACACUAGCUUCAGUGGAAUAAACAAAAAUGCUAGUUCUACUUGAGAUAAAACAAUUAACCAUGCUGAUUUGUCGUUGAUAAUAGCCGAGAUAUCGCCUCAAGACCCGUCCAAGAUGGAUCGGUUCGCAUUCAAGAUCGACGCGGCCCUGAAGGCGAAUCUCUGCAAGAUCUGUCGGCUGUGCGGCAUCGAUAAUCCGGGAAAAGUGCAAAUACUGCUGCCAAAUGGUGAAGACACCAUCGACAUGGACGAGCCCAGUAUGUCCCAGAAGAUCUACGAACUGUUGGGCUUUACGGUGGCCAUGGACGAUAAAAUGCCGCAGACAAUGUGCAGCCAGUGCGUGGAGAAAAUCAAUGAUUUUUAUGAGUUUCGGGAAAUGUGCUAUGCCACAAACAAGCAAACGCGUAACCUGCUGGGACUAAAGCAAAUAGAGCCCACAAAGCUUAUUGAUCUGAAACCAAUUGUAAAGGAGGAACUGCAGCAUUCUGGAGCAGCUGGCAAACGGGGUAGGAAACGCAAGGGCGAGGACACCAGCUGGCCAAGAUGUAACCUUAAUGUCAAGCCACAGGUCAAAAAGGAGCCAUUUGUGUGGCACAAGAAGCAGCGAAUGCAGCCUCCACAGGCACAGGCCACCAUACAGCCCAAAACUGAGCCGGAAAUCAAAGAGGAGCCGGCUGAACCGGAGACCAACCUUAGAUUUCCCAAAAAGGGGGGCCGCAAGUCCAUUUGCAGCGUCUGCGGCGAGAAAUUUCUCAGCAAGGAACUGGCCGAUGAGCACAAAACUCUUGUGCAUGUACCCUCGAUUCCGCGCUACAUGUGCAAUGCCUGCAACCAGACGUAUUACAUACAGAGCGACAUUCGCGCCCAUCAGCUGUGGCACAAGCUCUCAAAAACGCCCUACAAGUGUCCGCUGUGCGACAUGAGCGUGGCCAAUGCCUAUGCCUUUGCGCGUCACCUGCGGGAGCACACACCCUCCACUCCCGUCCAGCUGCUCGUCCUGGAUCGCGAGUGCCCGCUGUGCAAAAAGACAUUCAUCACGAACUUCUUCUACAACACUCACCGCUGUGCCAUCCGCAAACGCAGGUGCGGCGGCUGCAGUCGCGCCUUAAACACUGAGGCCGCCUACAUGCGCCACGCCCCCACCUGCCCCAAGAUUUACCUCAGUCACUCGAAGCACAUAAUGCCCGAGGCGGUGACGCAUGAGGCCCAGAUGCCCAUCAAGAACGAGGUGGAGCACGACUUGCUGGGCCUGCCUCCGGCCAUUGCUGUGCCGCCGGAUUUCGUGAUAGACGAGGCCAUGCAGCCAAUGGUUGUCCUGGAGCGCCUCUCAUCUCCUUUGCUGCGCGCUUCGACUGGGGUUAAUCGACUGGGCGCCACCAAGGGCAAAAAUAGCGAUCGAGUGUCGUCCAAGAAGUACUUGAAACGAGUAGAUCAGUUGCUCAAGAACACCAUAAACACGCUGGUCAGCAUCAAGCACGAGCCGGAGGUGCACAUCAAUGACACGGGACCAGCGUUAGAGGAGCCGGAGCGGCAGGAGGAGGAACCUUCCUGCUAUGGCGAUGAUUUUCAGGCAGCUAACGAUGAUGACAGCGAGGAGGAACCGGAGCAACAAGAGGCAGCAUCUGAAGCAGCUGCUGCCACUGCCAGUGACGAUGUGCCCAGUGUAUCGGUCAAACAGGAACUCCUGGAUGACGCCUAUGAAAAGCAAAUGGGUGUGAAACAGGAGCCACUCAAACUUAAGCUGAAAAUAACCAAGAAUCAUGGCAAGCUAAACUCUUCGCUCAUAGACGAUCUGGAUGAGGCAGGUCAGGGAUCUGGCAGAAGUAGCAAAAAGAAAAAGAAGCGAAAGCACAAGGAACGGGAGAAGGAGGUCUUGACGGAGACAGCAACAGAAUCUCAGCCUGUUGUUAGAAUCAAACAAGAACCCAUUGAUUUUGUGCCCGAGGCCAUGGUCAUGACCACCAUACCCAUGACCCAAUUCGAAAGCAGCUUCAAUGAAAACCAACAGGGCGAGGAAGAGGUUGAGGCCAUGGCACAGUCGCAGGAAGAUGUUAAACCUAAUCGCAUGGAGCUGGAUCGUAUGAUGCAGAUUUCGCAUGUGGCCAGUGGCGUGGAUAUGGCAGAAGAGGCUCUGCCUUUGGAGAGAGCCGAAGAAGCCACUCCCGAUGAACAGGAGCCACCGCCCAAGAGGACCCCGCCCAAGGUGCAUCCGGUAAAAUCCACAGCACGCAAAAGUACUGGAGGCGCUAUACGCAAGCCGCAUACUCCUCCCAAGCAGCCGCCUCUGCCGAAGAUUGUGGCAGUGGAGAGUGGCGAGGCGGUGGCCUUUAACAUGGCGCCCGAUAUUUCCAUUAAGCCGGAGCCCCGCAACCGCGGCUAUGGGGAUGAACUCGAAGAAGAAGCGGAAGGAUUAACCACAGAAGAGAUUAACCACAACGACAAGAUGGACGAGGAGGAUGCCUACAUAGACAGUUUAGAUUUGAACAAUGUGAGUGUUAAAAAGGAGAAAGACUUGGACAUUUCUGAGCCAGAGGCCAUGCACUGCAAUGGAUUGGAUAAGGGCGAUGGCGAUGAUAGCGAUGGCGACGACACUGGAUCAUCGGCCGAUGAAGCUGAGGAAGCCAUGGAGGAGGAGGAAGAAGAGCGCAUUUAUCGUGAAAUCGAGUUGCCGCCACUAGAACCUCAAAACGAGGAACAGGAAGCAUCACAUACCACCCAAGCGGUGCCCGAGAGAAUGGAGCCUUCAGCUACAUUGCCAGCCGGGGAGACAACUCCAGUGCCUGCUUUCAGUUUGGUCAUAACUAAUAUCUGCAGUCAAGCCACUGAUGAGAUCCAAUCCGCGGUAGAUAUUGCCUCUAAUAUGGAAAGAUUCCCGCGUACUGCCAUCGAGGGCCAAUCUGGGUCAGAUUUAGCAAUGGCUCCCCCGCCUCCUGCAAUGGACAUCCAGCAAUCAAAGGAAGAACCCACAAACCAUGUCGUUCAAUCCCAAACAGAGCAUUGCUCUACUACUGAAAACCCUCCGCCCUCCACAAGUGAUAUCCAAUCAUCUAUACAAUCGCAUUUUCCAGUUGAAGACCCCUUCCUAGAUAAUCUCCAAAACCCAUCUUUAACUGCCAUAGAAGUACAAUCUUCGAUUGAUGCUGCUCCCUACCCUGUUGGCUCUCAUCCUAAAAAUCCUUCGCCUGCAUUAAAUGAGGGGAAUCAAUCCCAAACUGAAAUUGCUUUAGGCCUUGCAGUUGAACUGCAAUCUAACCGUGAAGGUGAACAUCACUCCCUGAAAAAAAUUGCUUCAGUUGGGAGUCAAUCCCAGGAAAUCGCAUCACAACCUCCCUCAUUCCCAGCUACAGACGAAAUAGGAUCCAUACCAAGUGGAAGCUCUGCUGUGGAUACCCUUGCAAUUCCUAUAGCUGAAAACCUUGCACCCAUAAACUCACCCCCGGAAUCUCUGGAGAAAUCGGCCCACGACCAUGACUUGGCAGACUCCCUACCAACGGUUUCCCUCAACGCUCCCGAAAACAGCAGUAGUUCUCCAGCUAAAUUGGUUAACAGCUACACAUGUGACAAGGAGCAGCAGCAGAAUGCUCUAAACCAGGAGCUCUCCGAGCAGCAACAGACGCCAUCAGAAGAAGUACAGCAGUUGGUUCACGAGGAGCAGCCGGCUUUACUUGAGCUGCUUCCAGCGGGAUCCUCGUCGACGAGGCCAACUGAGGAGACUGAGAACCGCAUCAAUGAGCAGCAGCAGCAGCAGGAGGAGCAACGGCAACCGCGCUGCCAGGCCAACGAUGACUCAAAUAUCAACGAAAUAGCCGAGAACAAUAACAAUGCCAACAUUGAGCGCGAACUGCAAGAUGACGCUGCGCUCGGGGCUCAGGAAAACGUAAAUCCGUAGACUACGAUUAGAUGAUAGGCCAUAUCUAAUAUAAAAUUGCAUGUUCUUUUCGAUUCUGUUCAAAAAAUGUAAAUAUGUAAGGAUGGUAAAUCAUGCUUUGGUAAUUGGAUAGCCACAGCGUAUAAAC